CUCCUCGCCCGCACCCCCAUGUCCGGAGAGACACACGUUAUCAGGGAGGCAGCCGAAGGGCCAGUCAUCUCCUCACAUCUUUUCUGCAUCUGCCACAAUCCCCUUUAUCCUUCCUGUAUGGUGGAUAUUAUUUUCAGCUCUUCUUUCUUGGGUGAUAUGGGGGAUCAUUCCAAAAAGAAGCCAGGAUUCGCGAUGUGUGUAGGAUGUGGAAGUCAGAUCCAUGACCAGUACAUACUGAGAGUCUCUCCCGACUUGGAGUGGCAUGCAGCCUGCCUGAAGUGUGCAGAGUGCAGCCAGUACCUGGAUGAGACCUGCACUUGUUUCGUCCGGGACGGCAAAACUUAUUGCAAAAGAGAUUAUGUAAGGCUGUUUGGAAUAAAAUGCUCUAAAUGCAACCUGGGAUUCAGCAGUAGCGAUUUGGUGAUGAGAGCCCGGGAUAACGUGUACCACAUCGAGUGUUUUCGGUGCUCGGUGUGCAGCAGGCAGUUGCUACCGGGAGACGAGUUCUCCCUGCGGGAAGACGAGCUGCUGUGCCGGGCGGACCACAGCCUGCUGCUGGAGAGGAGCUCCGCAGGAAGCCCCAUCAGCCCCGGACACGUCCACUCCAACAGACCGCUGCACCUGGCAGAUCCGGUGACGGUGCGGCAGGCCCCGCAUCGGAACCACGUACACAAGCAGUCGGAAAAGACGACGCGGGUCAGGACGGUUCUGAACGAGAAGCAGCUGCACACGUUGCGGACCUGCUACAACGCCAACCCGAGGCCGGACGCGCUGAUGAAGGAGCAGCUGGUGGAGAUGACCGGCCUGAGCCCCAGGGUGAUCCGGGUCUGGUUUCAGAAUAAGCGCUGCAAAGACAAGAAGAAGUCCAUCUUGAUGAAGCAGCUCCAGCAACAGCAACACAGUGAUAAGACUGUAAGCAUCUUCAAUCUGCAGGGCCUCACAGGGACGCCGCUUGUGGCCGGGAGUCCUAUAAGACAUGAGAGCACCGUGCAGGGAAACCAAGUGGAGGUUCAGACCUACCAGCCUCCAUGGAAAGCCCUGAGUGAGUUCGCCCUGCAGAGUGACCUGGACCAGCCAGCCUUCCAACAACUGGUGUCUUUCUCUGAAUCGGGCUCUCUCGGGAACUCCUCUGGCAGCGACGUGACUUCUUUGUCCUCUCAGUUACCGGACACCCCCAACAGUAUGGUACCCAGCCCGGUGGAGACGUGAAACGGGGCCCCUCAGACCAGUCGGUCCCCGCUCCUGCAAGGACAAUUGCAGCAUGAUCCCCAUGGUCCCCUGCAUGUGACCAGCUCAUCACAUCGCCCAAACAGGAGAGGGUUUUUUUGCCCCCUGCCAUGUAGGAGAUGGAACAAAGAAAGCACCAAUUGACUCAGUUUUUUUGUGGAGCUUUCAUUGACAAAAAACUAAGCAGAACAAUUGUUGCAUGAUUUGAUACGGAGAAAGAUGAUGUACAGAAGACCUCCCGAUGGAUAUACUACAACAAACCUUCCCUCAAAAACAAGCUGGAAACAUUUCCAUGUCGAAAACAGCUGCGGUUUCAUUGUGAUCAUAUUGUGUCUUGUUUCUUCAACAUGAGAAUUUUUUGAUACAUUUAUUGCGUUGUCGAGUCCAGUUGACUCUUUGUCUUAAGGUCAGAGCAUGAUAAUCUGCAAACCUAUUCGUGUUGUAAAAUACUUUAUCUUAAGGGCAGGAUACAGGUUGUUUGAGCUUCUCGGACAAAAAGUAAAUUAUUGUUAUAUUAUUUAUUGUUAGGA